AGUUGUAGCAGUGUUGUGUGUUUUAGGCUGUGGUUAACGCAGCACUCUGCUCUUUUCAGACGCUUCAGCUGCCAGAAAGUGGUGUGUUAGAUUCAGAGGAGGACGUUUUUGCUAGUUGUGGAUUGCUGUUUGUACUUCUAGAUUGGGGCUCAGAUUGCAAACCAUGCUCUCAACUUCGAGCCCAGGUCUCAGCACCCAGCUCCUCCUCAUCCUUGUCCCCAACCUCCAUCCCAGAAGACGUCUUCUUUAGCAGUUCACCUGAGGACAAGAGCAACGAGUGCAGCAGUGAAGAGGACCUUUUAGACCUCUGCUCUCAUCUGAGAGAUUCAGAAUAUUUCAGAGACCUGCAACUUGGAUCAACUGAACCACUAGACACACCACUUCCAGUUUUAACUGCACCUGUUUCUGCCCCUUUGGUACCUCCUGCAUCCACAUCAGAAAGUGGAUCUCGGCACCAUCAACUUUUCCAGACAGCCGAUGCGAUUUCCACUGAAGGGGAAGGCAUGGAACGCUUGGUUGCUAUCAGAAACUCAGAACAGAAGGAAUUCCAGGAUUAUCCAGAAUCAGAUCAAGAUGAGGACUCGGACACAGAUAACUUUCCUACAUUGGUUAGAUCCAUGUCCACAUCACGUAGACACAGCUGGGAAGUGCCAGUGUCGCCGUUUGACAUGGGAAGAAGAUUCAGUCUAGACACAAACGGCAUUGACAGUGAUGGGGAAAGAGAGGUCCACUGUUUGGCCAAAAGUCCCCAUAUACCAUCUUGCUCCUUCUCCGAAAGCUCAGUGGAAGAAACCACCAGCGCUGUGGAAAGUGAAAUACCCCAAACACCAAAUUCAACCACACCAGCAAAGACAGAAUAUUCCAGAUCUGAGAUCCUUGCGACUGAUAAAAAAUCCCAAGCUGACAGAGUCUCCCGCAUACUGGAGACUUCUAAGCAGGCUGCCAGAGAGGCUGGAGAAGAGCAGGAGUCAGAAGAGGGGCUGCAGUCAGUGGAAGGACGGAGUCAUGUGCUGAUGGUACAGAAUGUUCUGCAGGAGCUUAAGCAGUAUCAUGGAGCUAAAUGCAGAACUUCAAACACAGAAAGAAAGGAGGUGGCAGGGAAUUUCACGUGGUACGAGUUUCUUGCCAUUGAUAGAAAUGAUGAAGAAGAGGAGGACAGACCAGAGCGUCCGGAAAAAGGCACCAAAGUAAAGCGGACUCUGAGCUCACUGAGGAACCGCGUGACCGGAUCCUUCAACAAAGACAAAGGUAAGACCCGAGACAAAGAGCCGCAGAAAGAGAAAAGCAGAGAGAGAGAGAAAUACAAAGACAAAGAGAAAGAGAAAGAGUUGCACGAGCGUGAGAAAGUGCGGCGGCGCAGCGUGAGCGGCCACCAGCUCGUGCCUGGCUCGUUCUCCACCUGGGCGACAUGUUCCCUGUGCAGCAAGACCCUACAGAGAAAGCAUGGCCUGCAGUGUUUGAACUGCGCCGUCAACGUUCACAAGAGCUGCAAGAACCUGCUGCCCGAGUGUAGCAACAAAAACAAAACAAAAGACUCCCCGCAGAAGACAUCAAACACUGCAGCUCAGUCUUAUAGUCAAGCUCUGAGGGACCCCUGCUCUGCCCUGACCCCCAUCGAUGGCUCAUCAAGGACGUCUCGCUCUGCUUCAGGUAUGACCGUUCCACCCAAAGGACACAACGCCCAACCUGCCGCCUCCAGCAACCCUACCGUCAGCCACAGCAACAGCAGCGGCUCUAUCACGGGAGAGAUGGAUGAGGUUGACGCAUUCAGGAUGAAGCGCCCCACUGACGACCCUGUAUCUCUCGCCUCCACCACGGCUGAGUCUCUCAUCGAUGAAGAUGCGUAUUACACCACAGUACGAGGGGAACUGGAAGCCAUCGUGCAAGAUUUCGAGGUGGAGUCCUGGAGUCUGGCUGUGGAUCAGGACUUCUUGAAGAAACAUUCAAAGGAAAUUAUCAAGAGACAGGAUGUUAUAUACGAGCUCAUCCAGACAGAGAUACACCACGUGCGGACGCUCAAGAUCAUGCUCCUCGUUUACGCUCGAGACCUGCGGGAGGCGCUACAGCUGGACGACAGGAAGCUGGACUGUCUGUUUCCCCAGCUGGACAGCCUGCUGGAGCUGCACAGCCACUUCCUGUCCCGCCUCCGGGAGCGUCGCGCAGAAUCUCUGCAGCCGGGCAGCGAUCACAACUAUGCCAUCCAUAAACUCUCAGAUAUCCUUAUAUCCCAGUUUUCCGGAGAGCUUGGAGAGCGAAUGAAGGAAAGUUAUGGAGAUUUCUGCAGUCGGCACACUGAAGCGGUCAACUACUACAAAGAGCAGCAGCAGAGCAACAAGAAGUUCCAGAACCUCAUGAGAAAAAUCAGCAAUCUGCCAAUAGUGCGCCGUUUAUGCGUUCCAGAGUGUAUCUUACUGGUGACGCAGCGAAUCACAAAGUAUCCUGUUCUUCUGGAGCGCAUCCUGCACAACACAGAAGCCGGGACAGAGGAACAUGAAGGAUUAGCACAGGCUCUCAAUCUAAUCAAAGACGUCAUCGUUCAAGUGGAUGCGCAGGUCAGUCUCUACGAGAAGGAAGCGCGGCUCAGGGACAUCGCCUCCAAGGUGGAGCCCAAGUCCCUUGGGAAAAUCAAAGAUGGACGUGUUUUCCGGAAGGAGGACCUUUCUCAGGGGCGCCGCAAGCUCUUGUUUGAAGGAAUGGUCAACUGGAAAGCCGCAUCUGGUCGACUUAAAGAUAUUCUAGCUCUCCUUCUUACUGAUGUUCUCGUCUUGUUGCAAGAAAAGGACCAGAGAUACGUGUUCUCCACUGUGGACAACAAACCAUCCGUUAUUUCACUGCAGAAGUUGAUUGUCCGUGAGGUGGCGCACGAGGAACGGGCCAUGUUCCUCAUCUGUGCCUCCUCAAAGGGACCUGAGAUGUACGAAAUCCACACGGCCUCAAAAGAAGAGCGCAACACGUGGAUCACCCACAUCCGUCAGGCCGUGGAGAGCUGUCCACAUACAGAAGAGAGAUUGUUUAGCGAGGAAGAGGAAGCCAGAGUCGCCCGGUUCCGAGAGUUUCAAGAUCGCCUGACGUUGAAGGAAGCUCAGAUUGUCCAGACCCUCACAGAGAAGCUGCAGUUGUUUGCAGAGAUGGCUGAAUCUGUUGCUGGUUUAGAGGACGCCAGCUCUUGCUCACGUCUGCUGCUGCGAGGCGACUCUUCGGACCUCCAGCAGGGGGAGCAGCUGCUCAAAGGAGCCAUUACUGAAGUGGAGAACCUGCAGAACCUCCUUGCAUCUGGAGCUCGGGAAGCGUCUCCACAGACUGAGGCGAAGCAAAGUCCAUCCUUGAGUUUGCUGCCACGCAGAGCGGACACCUUCGGCGGUUAUGAUAGCGUUCCUAACAUACUGCCUAAGAACGGCAGUAUAAGGAAGAAGGUUGCUGGAGCGACCGGCAGGUCAAGGGACAGGAGUCAACGGGCCAUUUCUGAUCCGCAGCUCAAAGAGGUGUACGCAUGUCAGGACCGGGAUGAGCUGGACGAGGCCUCUCCACCUGGUUUACACAAAAUGUUGUCCACCUGUAAAUUUCCAGAGUCCGAGUUCUAUGAGCGAGUGCUGCAGCUGUCCCAGAGGCUGUACAGUUUACAGGCCAUAAUUUCUCAGCAGGACAGCCACAUCGAGCUCCAGCGGGCCUCUCUCCUCACUGCCGAGCGGGACCGUCCUGGCAGCCGGAACCGUGGCACAGACGUGCUUCUGGAGCAGGAGAAGCAGCGCAACGUGGAGAAGCACCGCGAGGAGCUUGCCAAUUUCCAGCGGCUACAGAACCAGCAUCGGCAGCAGCAGGCGCGCUGGGAACGGGAGCGGGAGAAGCAGCGGCGGCAGGCAGAGGCAGCUGAGCAGCGGCUGAAGGAGCGCGAGGAGGAGUGUCGGCGACUGGAGCUGCGUUUGGCCGAGGAGAGGCAGGAACUCGAAAGGCAAAGGCAGACAUAUCAGCAAGACCUGGAGAGGCUGAGAGAGUCCACGCGUGUCGUUGAGAAAGAGAAAGAGCGAUUAGAGCAACAGAGGAAGUUGAAGAAGCACAACACGAUGCCAAAUACGGCAGCGUGGUAUGCACAGGAAGCUGGACAGCUUUCCAGUUCCUCCAGCUUCAACGGUGAGCUGCUGCUCGGCAGAGCUGGGGACCAGAAGCUUCCUCAAAAAUCGCACCUGCGGGCCUCUCUCUCCGCAUCCCGGGCCGACUACCCGGAGCGUCCCGAAGUCCAGUCGCGCCGCGAGAGCUCCUGCGGCACCCUAUCGGCCAAGACGGAGGUUCCCAUCCAUCUCAUCAGCACCACAAACCAGCUGCACAAGCAGGGCAGCGUCCAGCAGCAGAUACCGACCAAACUCGCCGCCCUCAGCAAAGGCAAGGAGAAGAGCGGGAAGGGCAAGAGUUCGCACCGCACAGACAGUCGGGCUUCUGUUGACAUGAAGCAGAUGCUGCCCAUCAAGCUGUCACCAAGGGAUUCGGAUGGAGGUCACAAAGCACGCCGGUCCAUCAGCCCCCACCAACCUCAACAUUCGCACUCAGAUUCCCUCAGCCCUCCAGACGUGCAUACAGAUGCCCAGUCUAGCCUUGAGCCCGCCGUUCUCAAAACCCACAACCAGACCUCCCAGCCCACCCUCCAGUACACUGUUAGUGACGAAGCCGGCAAGGAGGACGUUAUCUAUUUCUGAGGCAUCCGAUGAGCAAAGACAUUAGGUUAUCGUUUCAGAUGAUAUUUUACUUAAGGAACACAUUUUAAUCCUCCAAGUCUUAACAACUAACAAGUUUUAUUGAAGCCUGUAAAUUACGACAUUUUACGAAAAAUGUGUUUUAGUUUAUACGAAAAAAGGCUCAGUCCAGAAAACCCAAAGACUUUGACGGACAGCUUCAGGUGAAGGACAUUUCUGUAGCACAGGCUCCGAGCGGGUGAUAUGAAGGACGAAUGGAUGUUUUUAGGUUGCUUAUUGUUGUGGUGAGCAAUUUUGCACAGCGGCUAUGUCCCAUUUCAUUUUAAACUCAGUAUUUGGGACGACUGUUUUCUGUUGGAUUUGUUCAGUUUCAUUUUUGGGUCACUCUGGAACAUUAUUGCUUAUGGAAAAUGGCAUACUUUGACAUUUUUUUUUUAAUUUAAGUCAGUUUUGACUGCACACUGUGUAAACUGGAUUAUAACUUGGAUUAGUUGAUUUCACAAAAGCCAACUCCAUUUCAGUGGUCAUUUUAUUCAUGUGGUACAUCCUUUUUAGAGAUUUCUUCCAAAUAUUUACAAAAAAAUAUAUAUAUAUAUUAAGCAGCGGACAUGAAGAGAAUCCAAGAUUUUAUUAACCAUUAUUCUGAUUUUAAUUUCCAUGUUAGUAGAUCUUCCAAAUGGAGAUAGCAGUUGAUCUGAGUAUUUUGAGAUUACUCAAAUAGAAAUCAAUUAAAUGAUAAAUGGACCAUGUUUUCACCUUUCCAAAUGAUCAGAAAGUCAAUUUAAGACAUGACUUGGCUAAAAUACGAACGACUGAAUCUCAUGAAAACUAUUAAGGAAUUUCCAGGUCGUUAUUUACCAUGAACAAUUUUUGUGUUAUGUUGUCAUGUUAAUGUGUUUUUGUCUUAUU